AUUCACGUUUAACAGACAAAACACUUAGCUUCUGCGAGCUAUAGGUCAGCAACAGCAGGGCCAUUAAAUUCAGUUAGAAGCCUAAGAAGCUACGAAUGAAGUGUCAGACCCCUUUGUAAGAUUGGGGACAACUUUCUUGUGAUAAUAAUUGCAAACAUCUCAAUAUCAUUUUUUUGGUGAAACUAGACUUGGCCGCCUUUUCUCUUCUACUCGGCCCCUUUGUGAUUCGUUCAAUCUCUUUAACCUAAUAAACCGAAGAUAGGAUUUUCUUCGUCGGAAAAUAUGGCUGGAGGAGGAGGAGGAUCCACUUCGAGUCCUUCUCGCACUCUUUUAGACACUCCAACUUGGGCUCUGGCUACUGUCUGCUUCAUCUUUAUUUUCCUUGGGAUUUUCAUUGAACACUUGAUCCACCUUCUUUGUCAUUGGCUCAAAAGACAUAGGAAGACCGCUUUGUUUGAAGCUGUGGAGAAACUCAAAUCAGUAUUGAUGCAACUAGGAUUUUUGUCGCUAUUAUUAGCAGUGAUACAAAGGCCAUUAUCCAAAAUAUGCAUACCAAAUAGAAUAGCAAACUCCAUGCUUCCUUGUAAUCGUGCUGUACUGGAUUCUACAAAAACCAUCAAAGGAUUCGAACACUUCUCAAAUUCAAAGGAAUUGCCAUCUGUUGAAAACUCUGUGGAUCACUGUGGCUCCAGAGCGAUGACUUCUUUCAUGUCACAAAGUGGAAUCAAUCAGCUAAACAACUUCAUAUUUGUACUAGCAAUCAUGCAGAUUGUGUACAGUGUUGUCACAAUGGCUUUAGGUAGAGCCAAGAUGAAACGCUGGAAAACGUGGGAGAAGGAGACGCAGAGCAUUGAAUAUAUGGCAGCCAAUGAUCCUAGUCGAUUCAGAUUUACAAGAGAAACAACAUUUGGUCGACGCCACAUGAACAAGUUUACAACUACCCCUACUCAGCUCUGGAUUAAAUGUUUCUUUCGGCAGUUCUUCCAUUCAGUAGCAAAAGUUGACUAUCUUACAUUACGCCAUGGCUUCAUUACGGCUCAUUUAUCUUCAAACAACGCCUUCAAUUUUCAGAAGUACAUUGAACGAUCUUUGGAUGAUGAUUUCAAAGUCAAAGUUGGCAUCAGCCCUUUCAUGUGGUUAGUGAUGGUCAUCUUCUUGCUGGUUGACGUUCAUGGUUGGAACAUCUAUCUUUGGGUAUCAUUUCUCCCACUCCUUACAGUGUUGGUGAUUGGGACUAAGCUGGAGACAAUUGUAGCUCAAAUGGCUCUUCAACUCGAAACUCAAGACACUGUCAUCAUAGGAUCCCCAGUAGUCCAACCUAAUGAUAAUCUUUUUUGGUUUAAUCAACCUCAAUUUGUUUUGACACUUCUCCACUAUACCCUUUUCAUAAAUGCAUUUGAGCUGGCCUUCUUUAUUUGGGUGACGUGGCAAUUUGGAAUAAGAUCCUGUUAUCAUGAGCAUGUGGAGAUCAUUGUUAUCAGGGUGGUUUUGGCGCUGACGGUUCAAGUACUUUGUAGUUACAUUACUUUGCCUCUCUAUGCCCUCGUUACGCAGAUGGGUUCACAUUUCAAAAGAGCAUUGUUGGAAGAACGCACUAUGCAAGUCAUAAAGCAAUGGCACACAGAAGUGAAGAGGAAGAAAAAGAAGCAAAAGAAUAAGCUGCAGCAACCAGAAAUAGAAUUCACCUCUCACCAGAGAAUGACAACUUUAGUUGAGUUUAGUACUAAUGCUCAUGAAAUUCAGGAGAUCUCUGAAGAACAUGAAGAACCAAUAGAAGUAACAAUAGUCCAUCAAAAUCAAUCUAGUAGUUAGUUUUUUAAAAGAGAAGAGAAUACAAGUUUUCAUUAAUACAAUACAGAAAGGUGGACUUGAAAUUUUGUA